AUGCAAUCAGACUCCGAGGAUCUAGAACGGGUGUCCAGCCCAAUUGUUGUUUGGACCGAGCUCCAAGUGCCUAUCGGACUGGAGUCUGAUCAAAAACAAUGGAGAGGAUACUUUGAACCGUUGUUGCAUGCCAAAGGUCACCAUGAGUCAGCUUGGGCUCGGUGCCGCUUAAACAAAGAUAGGGUUAUCCUAGGUACAUGGUGGUUUGGUGGUAGCCCGGCGUACAGGGCCUUUGAAAGUUCUCCGUCAGCUCAGCUUUUCAGGGAGACUCUUGCGGACGAUGGAAUCAAGUUCUUGACAUCUUAUAAGACCGCAAUUCGGGGAGGAUGGUGGUUUGAUUGUGUGUCCUAUUUUUUUAUGCAGAUCUUCUGGGUUUACUUCAAAGCUCCGGUCACGGAAGCGCUGAAGGAUGAAGUCGCAAAGAUUGGUGGUAUUCGCCCGCCUGCUAUCCUCCGCCCCCGAGAAAACGAGUUGCUAUCACCAAAACCUCCUGUGGAGCUCUGGGCUCUACAUACGGAGUAUCUACAUGGCGAAGAAGUUCAAUCGCUACUAUGGCCGCACUUCUGGAGAGACGAGGAGGCAGCGCUAUUUCGACACAGGAAAAUGUGGACAGGUACCGGCGAGACUAUUAUGGAGGACUUUUAUAGGUCCCUUCGUGAUAUCGGCGCGGUGGAAGUCAAAGAAGAUUUCUGUCAAUUCACGAAACUCGUCCCCCUAUAA